GCCCCGCCUGUCUCUGGUGUGUGUCCCUGUGUAGGUGUGUACAUCCUCAUCGUCGUCGGAGCCGUCAUGAUGUUCGUUGGAUUCCUUGGUUGCUAUGGCGCCAUCCAGGAGUCCCAGUGCCUCCUCGGAACGUUCUUUGCUUGCCUGGUGUUGCUGUUUGCCUGUGAGGUUGCUGCUGGCAUCUGGGGCUUCAUGCACAAGGAUUCGGUGUCUAAGGAGUUCAUAGCGUUCUACGACUCAGUGUAUGAGCAGGGCCUGACCAUGAACUUGUUAGAAGACAAGAAGCGUGCCGCCACCCAGGUCCUCAAGGCCAUCCACGAGACACUGGACUGCUGCGGAAAGGACAACACCAUUGAGAACCUGUUCACUCACCUGGGCACCGACGUGUGUCCAGAGAGGAGCAGUGUGUUCAGCCAAAGCAAGAACUGUCACACACGAAUCAGGUCGCUCUUCACUGAUAAAGUCUACCUGAUUGGCUUUGCUGCUCUGGCUGUUGCAGUCAUCAUGAUCUUCGAGAUGAUCUUCAGCAUGGUGCUUUGCUGUAGCAUCCGCAACAGCCCGGUCUACUGAAGGCCCCGCUGAGGAGCCUGAAAGGUCACAAGCUUUGACCUCUGGAGACAACCCCUCCCCCUCCCUCUUCAGAAGGAAGAAAAUGUGUUUAUCUCUCCUGCUCUCUUUUGUAUCUCUUCUCUCGAUGUAGUCGCUUGUCCCAUUUAACAGCCCACAGGAGGGAGCACAUAAUGAAGUGUCUUUUAAUCUGCCUGAAGUAUAGCUAGUAGGCCCAAUAUGGUUACCACUUGCCUCUCUUUCUCUCUUUAUCUAUUUCUCUCUCUCUUUCUCUCUCUCUGUACUGUACUGUAUGCUAUGAUGCAUAAUGAAGAGCUGUGGUGAACACUCAACAUUCAUAUAAGCAUGCGCACACACACACACACACACACACACACACACACACACACACACACACAUGUCUAAUUCUAAUGAUGUCUAAAUUUCAAGACAUAUUUUAGCUAAUUCCUCUCUUGACCCCCAUAGCGCCCCCUUGUGUUAUACAUCUAGAUAUUGCUAUUGCUAUAUGGUUGUGUUCUUUUUUUCUUUUUUUUUACCACCUGUACAUGUUUCAACUGUAUAUAUUUGCAGUGCUGUCUGACGUUUGAGCAUGGAUAUUGUGUUCUUCUCCCUCUCUUUCUCUCUUUCUCUCUCUAUAUAUGAGAUGCCUGUUGGCCUGAGUUCGCUCCUAACUAGAUGACCACUAUACUAAAACAGUGUUGUACUUUCGAAUAGAGCGUUAGAGAGAUGAACCUAGUCACCGUUGUUUGUUAAACAGAGGUUGAUAUUUGACCAUAUCACAUCAGUUCACAACGCUCCUGCUCUUUGAUUGCCCGUUAACUGCACCAAUAACAACAGACACAGCGAUCACAAAACCCGCCCAUCUGGCCAAUCGGCAGCACUGUUAAUCUGGGGGAAAGCUAUGAUUGGUGGUCCAAUACACAUAGUGACAGAAGAAUGUCAUUUGAAAGAAAGGUUUCGGUCAGUGAAGACCACUGGCAAACAACACACAUUAACUAUAGUUUAUGUGGUUUAUAGAACCCAUAUCAGGAGCCUGGGAGGAGUUUACUCUGUACAGGAUAUGACCUUGAUUGUGCACACAUCCAGGUUAAAGAGCUCUGCUCUCAGGGGAGACAGUCGUAUGACUUUGUCCAGAAGGGGACACAUGUUGUCCGUCGCUUGGCUACCAAGUCCUGGGCUGUCUGUCUUGAUAUCCUAUGAAUGUAGUAGGCUCCAGUGUUAGCUUUAUACUUUUUUCACUGCACGGCGGUGAGACCCGUCAACUGGACAUCUCUUCUGCUAUCUCCCAAAUAACUCCACACACAGCUGGACAGAAGCCUAAAACGGCACCUAGCUUUACUAAUACACCCUCAAUCCAACACCGUGUCUAGAACUAGUCUGCGUAUAUGAAGGCACCUAGCUUUACUAAUACACCCUCAAUCAAACACUGUGUCUAGAACUAGUCUGCGUAUAUGAAGGGUGGAACUGUCCUGGUCUGGGGUCUUCUCCAGAGAGAAAGGGCCACAGGAUUACUAUGGCAAUGAGUUUUAGCAUAGCAAGAUGUUAGUGUCUUUACACAUGGCACAGGAAUAUUAUUGUCCCAGAGGAAAAGGUCCCUCGGUAUCACAGUGCAACCGCCACUAUCCACCCCACAAUCCUCUUUGUCUGCGUGUCAUCUCGAGUAGAGUUUCUUAAUAAUGUUCUGUUUUUAGAGACAAUAAAAAAACGUACGUUUUUCGCGUAAGCGCUUCACGAUGCUGUGCCGAUAGUGGAAUUUCCUGUUGUGCUGAAAGUAGCUUGACAAUGCUGGUAUGUGAUGUGAGGCGAUAUUCCGUAGGGACAAGGUGUGUGAGUGUGGGAGAGUGUGUCUGUUUGUAUGUGUGUGUGUGUGCGUGCGUCUGUGUGUUGGCUUCACGGAGGACUUUCUCAGGAAGUCCAAGCAAGGACAGACUUGUCUCAAUCUUUGGUUUGAUUUGACGUGCCACUCCCUCUCUGUACCAUAGGAGUCUUGGGCCCCCUCAGUGUUCCCUGCAGUAACACAACCAGUCCUCCAGGGGGCUUUUUGGUCCUCAGUUUCCACCUCCACCUGGGUGGCAGUGUUCUGCAACCUGUGUGCAUAGCAAUGUCACAUGCUCAUCUAAUCAUCCACAAUCCAACCCACAAACCAGCACACGUGCCCACACACACACAUGCACACAUGCACACACGCACACACACACACAUGCACACACGCACACAGACACACUUACACUCACACACAGGCACCAUCACCCUUUGUGUAAUCUUACAUGCAAUCUGCAAUCCUGUCUUGUUAACACUUAUGCCAAUGCUGAUAUGCUGAAAAGUGUCUUGUAAUAUGUACAGCUCUAUAUUAUUGAAUUAAUGACUAUGUAAAGACAACGUAUGCCCUUUAUUGUAAUAUCUUUUUUCUGGUACUUUGACAACAGAAGGAAGUGGGAGGAGAGUUUGGGGGAAGCAGGACUUGUUUGGGCGUUUGGACGGGUUGAGUCUGAGGGGGAGACACCAGUCACAGGAUGAAGGUUUCACUUUGUUGGAAUUACGACAGCAAGAUCACUGUUGCUAAAUAUAAUCGUUUCUUUAACUUUCACUGUGCAGGAUGCUCAGUCAAUUUGUGUAAAUGUCGGAGGCAUCUUAUACCUAUACAACCUGGCCAGGACCCACCUCUGGUCUGGCUCUGAUCUGGCUCUGAUCUGGACCCAAGUCUGUUAAGUUUUCUCAGAACAACUGCCCAGUUCCAGCAGGUCUGCUUCCACACCAAUCUCUGACCCUGCCGAUCAGUUAAAGUUGUGUUGCCCAGAUAUUUAGGGAUUAAAUGUAUUUUACAAAUAA